AUGGCUUACAACUGGCACAUCGAGUUCUGGUUCUCCGUGCGAAUCAUGAAUUUGUACAACGGAACAACAUACAAAAGGCGCAUCGUAAUCACACCCGCUCCAAUCCUGCCCUUCUACCUACAACACCACCGCACCGUAGACGUGUGCGGUGGAUAUGUCGCCUACUGGAGCCAGUUUUACCAGCUAUUCACCAACAGUAGCCCCGUAGACGGCGAGCGGCAAGCCACAGAAGCAGGCCGCUUAGAAGGCGAUAUCCUCGAAGCCCUCAACGACGCGCUUCACGUGUCGCCCAUAGAGGUUGCGACGUUCCCCAUCAGCGAAAUAGAAGUGUACACACCGAGCAUAGCUUCGGCCCGGUGGAUGCAAUGUCUGCAGGACGUCACCAAGCUAGACCCCUCGCUGAAGAACCAGGAUAAAGUGGUCGUCCGCAAUGUGAAAUUUCUCAUUGUUGUUGGCGAGAUUUUCGGUAACUACACAAACCAGCAAAUUCUUCAGUUCCUGGCAUGGCAAUUCGUCGAGCACUAUGGCCCGGUUGCCGACAUCCGUCUACUUUUGGCGAGGUACGGAGACCAGACCACAGCGGAUAACCUCAGACCCGCUGAUUGUGGCUUCUACGUAGAGGUAGCCUACAAACUGAUGUUGCUCGCAAUGCAGUUUACGCUUAGGAUUUCGGAGGAUGACCAGAAGCAGAUUAACCGAGGCUUCGACCGCAUGCGGCGUAAUGCCAUUCGCUUGGCUAAAGCGGCUGUCUGGCUAGACUCGGAGAGCAAAGACUCCGUGGUGGCAAAGCUUGAGGCGCUUAAAUUGGCGGUGUGGCCUCCAUCCACGUUCCUUUCCAACGAGAGCCUGGAAGAGAUAUACCAGAGGUAUCCCGAACGCGAGAAAACGUUCGGCAACUACUGGAUCAAGUCUAUUCGAAGUCUGCGCACCACCGAGAUGGAUUCCCUCUAUAAAUAUGUGCUCACAAUACCGCCUAACUAUGCACAGCCUUAUUUUGUAUAUGAUUACUUGUUUAACACCGUUCGCGUGGCCAUUGCUGCCAUUGACCGCCCACUCUACUACAGCGAGGGCACAAGCGCCAUGUUCUACGGUGGCCUUGGUUUCUCCCUUGCCUUAGAAAUUGUGAAAGCAAUCGACCGAGAGGGCCUCCACUGGCGACCAGGUGGAGCCGUGGUCCCCUCAAUCAUCAGCCAACAAUCAAAGAAUGUGUUUGAGGUAAGAGAGAACUGCCUUAAACACAGUGAAGAAGGCAAAUAUGGCUUGUUUCCCGAGAUCCCGGCUCUGCAAGUUGCUUACUCCGCCUUUCUUGAUACCACAAAGGAAGGCGAGAGAGACCCUCCGAUAAGCUACAACUUCACGCAAACGCAGGUGUUUUUUCUCACCCUAUGCUACAUGACCUGCAGCCAAAAAGGAGUUAUUAAUCCCUUCUCGGCCAAUUGUAACAAGGUUGCCCGAAACUCUGUUGGCUUCGCGAACGCCUUUGGUUGCCCGCCGGGUUCCAAGAUGAACCCCGUGCAGAAGUGCACAUUUUUUGGGUAA